UUAUUUAUUUUUAAUAGGAAUUACCAAGUGAGAUUUGGUUAAAUAUAUUAUAACGCAAUUACACCUCUUUCAUAUCGUUUUUGAGAGCCAAAACCAAAACCAAAAAAAAAAAGAAACAUUCUCUCUUUACAAUGCAAUAAAGCAAGCAAAGCAUUAUCCCGGAAUGCAUUCUGUCUUGUGAUUUUAGAAAUGGAAUCUUCUAAAACUACUCUCUUUCUAAUCCAUCACUACACACUACACACUACACUGCAUUUAUAGUUUUCUGAUAGACAAAAUAAAAUCUUUCUAAUUUAACCACUCUGGCACUUACCCUUAUUUUAACCACUCUCAAAAUUUGGAUACCAAGCCUCCCUCUAACUAACCCCUCAAGCACCUAAAAUACUACAAAUAAGACUCCAAAAGGCUAAUAAGAAAACAUAAAAAUAGCAAAAGGGCAUUAUUUCAAUGUGAAUGUAUAAAUAUUAUUUACAUAUAUUUACAUUAGCGAACGGUGAUAUUAUAAAAAAUUGAAGCAAGUAUUAUAAUUUAUAGAUAUAUUAAAAAAAGUAUGAAAAUAAAAAGAAAAGAAAAGAAUUGCCGUGUAAUAGGCUCCACCAUUGAAAGAAUGAGAAGUACACGGAGAAGUAAUCUCUCCUAAUAUUUCCAUUCCCUCUAAAAAGCUUCCAUUCUCUAAAUCCUUAACCCCUUUGAGGGUGACUACUGUCCCCCCUUCUCUCCCCCCAAACCAAACCCCGUUCCCUUAUCCCCAUCCCAAAAGGCCAAAUUCCCAUUUCCUCUCUCUCUCUCUCUCUAUCUUAUCUGUCUUUGCAAUAUAAAACCCCCGAAUAAAAGGGUUAAAAGGUAAUGGGGAUGUUAAUACAAGGCAAAGAAAGGUCAUAUUCUCAUGACAAGAAAACACAACCUGGAGUAAAUUUUUUGUCUUCUUUGCCUUGUAUUUCCUUAACAAACAUCAUCAGCCAUUAUAGAACAGAAACAAUAUCAAUCAAUCCCUCCCUUCCUUAGUAGCAACAUACAAUAAGAUUGAAAUCAUUUCUUGGUUUUUUUUUUCCUGAAUCAUAAUUGUGACCCAUAAGGCAUUUUUUAGAUUGAUAUAAAGAAAUCACAAAAGAAACCCAUUAACCAAAAGCUUUUCUUUUCUAUUGCACGAGUGCUUGUUUGCACUUUGUCUACAUUAUUUUCACAAGAGACAAGAAAGAAAGAAAGAGAGAACGAGAGAGACACAGAGAGAGAAAAGAGGGGGAAGCAACAAACAUCUGCAACAACAUUUGACACAUAAAACAGAACAUAAACACGUAACUUAAGUGGCUGUCCUUUUUGGGUUGGUGUUGGUUUUCUCUUGAUUUGUUUUGGAAUGAUGAUGAUAUCAACCACCAACAAUGGUAAUGAUGGUGGGUCAUCAGGAUCAGGGAACGGUGUUUCUGGUGAUGUAACUGUUGCUGAUUUUCAUGAUUCUAUGCAUCAUAAUGGAGCUAAAGGUGGCGGUGGCGGCGGCGGCGGAGACAGUGAUGCUCAUUUAAAGAAGGGGCCGUGGACUGCUGAGGAGGAUGCUAUAUUGGUAGAAUAUGUGAGAAAACAUGGUGAAGGGAAUUGGAAUGCAGUGCAAAGGCAUUCAGGAUUGGCUCGUUGUGGAAAGAGUUGUAGGCUUCGUUGGGCUAACCAUUUAAGACCUAAUCUUAAAAAGGGUGCCUUCUCUCCUGAAGAAGAGAGACUCAUUGUUGAGCUACAUGCUAAGUUUGGCAACAAAUGGGCUCGCAUGGCUAGUCUGCUUCCAGGACGAACAGACAACGAAAUCAAGAAUUACUGGAACACAAGAGUGAAGAGACAUCAGCGCCAAGGUCUACCUCUUUAUCCACCUGAUAUUCAACCUCAACAUCCACCAAGCCCUCACUUUCACCACUCCCAUCACCACGGUCACCACCAUCACCACCACCACCACCACCAGAACAAGUCCCCUUCUAUUUCAAUCCCAACCACACCUACCUCUUCUUUUACAUUCCAACCUCAUCAUCUUCCAUCACCAAAUACCCCAACUUACCACCACCCACAUACUCCUACUUCAGCCACUCCUCCUCCUCUUUCUCCUACCACUACUUCCACUAGUUUUCCUACUCUUCCUCUUUUUGACUUCUCUCAGACUCACCAUCUUCACCACCACCACCAUACAUCACAUUCCUCUCCUACUACUCCGACUUCUUCAUUUUCAUUCCAGACUCAUCAACUUCAUUCACCAACUACACCUACUCACCCACACACGGAGACUAAUGCUUUAUCUUCUACACCUCCACCUCUUUCUCCUUUGUCUUCUCCUUCCACUACACCCACCACUACCAAUUUUCAUACAUUGCCUCUUUUUGACUUCAACCUACCAAGAACACCUCCUCUCCUUCAGACUCCUAUGCGCUUCAAACGUUUUUCUUCCUCUCCCAACAUUGCCAAUAACAAUCAUACCUCGCCAAAUAUGAAUUGUCAAUAUUCCAUGCCUUUAUCACCAUUGCCUCCUGCUUCUUCACCCGAUAAUUCCCCCAUGAGUGGUCAUUGCUUUGCUAGUUUGUUGAGUGGUGGGGGCAGUAAUGAUUUUCAUAAUGAGAUGCAAAAGGAGAAUCAGGAAAUGUGUUCGCUUCUGGCUGCUGUUACUCAGCAGGAGCUCCCUUCAAACCAAUUUUUCUCACCAGCUAACCAGAAUAGGAAUUCGGGGGUUGGUGUUGCUACUACUGGUAGCAAAUUUGGUAGAAGAGUUACUAAGAAGAAAACUGGUAAUUAUAUUAAAGAUAAGGUUAAUGGCAAACUGGGAUUUGCAUUGGAAGAUCUUUUGCAAGAGACUAAGGCAUUGACUGAAUAUGGCCAGACUUCCACGGAUAACAACAGUAUGGUUUCGCAGGAAGAGAAGCUGUUCAUAUCAGAAGGCUUUGCAACGCAUUGGAAUCAACUCAAUUCUCUUGAUAUGUGUUCAGGAUUUGAUCCGAAAUUUGAAGUUGCAGACCAACUCAACGAAAUGCCUGAAGACCUAUCAAAGAUUCUGAACAACCUUCCAUCUACAAUGCAGCCUGAGUUGUAUAGUGAUAGUGCGGAUAUCUCCAACGGGCCAUCUUCAGUCGUGACAGAUGAUAACAUCGGUUUUGAAAUGCAGCAGAUAGCUUCGUUGUUUCCCCCAGCGGACCAUGGCAGAACCCUUGGCUCUUGCUCUUGGGACAACCUGCCAGGAAUUUGCUAAGAGCGGUUGAAACAUGAGAUAUCAAUGCCACUUUGAGAGAGAGGAAAACAGAAGGCUUUUGAGUUAAUGGGGUAUUUAUCUUUGUAAUUUAUUUAUUGUUUUAUUUUGAACUCGAAUGGGGUAUGCUCUAGCAAUGAUGCUUUGCUUUUUUAAAAGUAUUUGCACCUUGCACUUCUAUUA